AACGUUAUCAGUUUGAUGCAAAAUAUUUUGGUUUGGUUUAAAAUUUUGAUCUGAAUUCUGAUUUUCUGCAGAAAAAACUGGGAAAUGUUCUUAUUAUAGUUCAGAUUUUAUAAUAAUGAGUUGAUUUUCAUUCACUAGAAAUCUCACUCCAGAUCAGCAAAGACUUACGUUCGGGAUCGUUAUUUCUCUUACAUUGGAACAGCAUUACUCGAUCAUCAUGCGAGCGAAGAGGCGUGAUGUAUGCCACGUUUGUGGUAAUACUUUUACCGCAGCUCGAGGUUUAGGUCGUCAUCUGAAGACUGUCCAUAAUAUAGGAAACGAUCUAGCUUGUAAAUGCGAAAUCUGCAAGAAACCUUUCAGUCGUAAAGAAAACCUGAAACGUCAUAUGGAAUUUUUCCACCUCGACGAUGAAGAGAAGCUAUCGUUUGAAUGUGACUAUUGCGGAACUAUUUUCCCACGACGAGAUAGUUUAGUUCGUCAUAUUAAAACGCAUAUGGAACGAAAUAAUUUCUCGCAUAAGAUACGUUUGUCAAAAUAUCGAAAGAAAAAACGCAUAGAAGAAAAUAGGCAAUAUGAAUGUGAUUACUGUGGCAAAGUGUUUGAAAAAAGAAAAAGUAUCGUUAGUCAUCUGCGAAAUUGUCAUAAAUUGAAGAAAAGCUUUGGAUGCGAUAUUUGUAGCAGAGCUUAUCGCAGUAAAUACAGAUUAACGGAACAUAUGCGUGAAGCACAUGCAUCUUCGGAAGAGUUGAUGUGUCAACGUUGCCAUCGAAGUUUUGUCAAGGAGGAAUCGUUAAAACAGCACAUGGAAAAAUGCCUCAAACGAACCAAGGUAUCCGAUUGCACAUCUUCGGUAAAUUGUGUCCUCUGCGGUAUCCACUACCCUGUCAGAUACGCUCUAACCAAUCACUACACCAACGAACACGGUAUCGAGUUCAAACCCGAAACUCACGAGUUCGAUUCUCGCGAACAAUUCGAAGAAUGGAAAUGUAAACUCGAAGUAUCCACCAUAACGCAAUACACUAGUCGUCGAGUCUGCCACACCGCCAAUCACGAGUACCGAGUUUUCGAAUGCCAUCGUUCCGGCGUCUACCGCGAACGAACGCAGAAAGACUUUCGCUUAAGGAACUUGAAAAAGCAAGGAUCGAAGAAACUAAACGGCACUUGUCCGGGUGAACUGAAACUCAGACAAGAUAAAUCCAACGGUAAAUGUACGGUCACUUUUCAACCCAUUCACGUCGGCCAUGAAAUCGGCAACGAAAGCGAACUAGCUCAUAUUUAUCUCGAUAAAGCUAAACGGAACGAGAUCGCUUCUCAAAUCGCCGAAAACGUUCCACCCACCGAAAUAAUCAAGAAAGAGCAAGAGUCGUUGGUAAAUGGCACCUGUAAUAAUAGGAAAAGAUCGCUGCUAAGGAAAGAUCUGCACAAUAUCGAACGCAAACACGUCGUUAACCUGUUCCCCAUCUCUAAAGAUUGCGAUAACGUUACCACUUUCGUCGAAUCGAAUCACAAAAACAUUCUGUACUACAAAGAACAACAGAAAACUACACCCAUCAUCGACGUACUCAAAGAUCCUCCCGAAUCGUGUCUUUUCUCCGAGCACGAUUUCGUCAUGGUUUACGUCGACUCGACGCAGAAACAAAAACUAAAACUGUUCGCCGAAGGUGGAGUCAUUUGCAUGGGAUCGACUCCAGAUACCAAUCCGUAUAACUUCAUGCUCUUCACAAUCAUGGUAUUGAACUUGAACAACGAAGGCAUACCAGUCGGCUACGCUCUGAGUACUCGAAACGACGAAGUCUCCGUUACACUAUUUCUCCGCUGUAUCCAUACCAUCAUCGGCGAUACCCAAAUAAAAACCUUCAUGUCUAACAUGGACUCCGUCUACUACAACUGUUGGUCUAAGAUCUUCCCCGUGCCCGAAACUUGGCUGUAUUGUUCCAAAGAAGUAACCCAAUGCUGGAAGCAACACCUGUCCUUGAUCCAAAACGAAAAAACUCAACAAACCACUCGCACUUUCCUUCGCAGCAUUCAACGAGAAAUGAACGAGAAACAAUUCAAACAAACGUUAGAAAAAUUCCUCAACGAUCAAGACCCAGAGCUACAAGAUUUCAUCAACUAUUUCCUUAGUAAUUACGCCGGUACGGCCGAAAGAUGGGCAUAUUGUUAUCGAAGCCAUGCCGGAAUUAAUAAAAACGAUCGCCUAGAAUCGUUCCACGAGAAGCUGAGAAAAAGUAAAAUCAAAUCGCUCGCUGAAGAAUUACACUACCUGAAAACAUUCCUCGCUCAGAAACUCCUCGCAUCCGAUGAGAAUCCACCGGAAAAACUCAACGCGUUGAAAAAACACCACGAAGAAGCUCUAACCAAUAAGAAAGAUUUCACUAUUACUUCGUUAUCCGAAGGAUAUUGGCAGAUCGAUUACGGUCGUCAGUGUAAUUUUAUUCAGAAGCUGACUCCUCGAUGCGCGUCGCUCAAAUUCAAAUCAAUCGGUGAGAUGUGUUUGCUGAAAUGUUCGCAAUGUGAGACGUGCUGGCAUCAGUAUUCGUGUUCGUGUCAAGAAUCGGCUAUUCAUCAGAAUAUGUGCAAACAUAUACAUUUAUUGGUGACCAGUCUGAAUGAAGAAGCUGUCAGUAGCAGUAACGAUGCCGAUGUUGUUAUUCAAGAUUAUUAUUACGUGACCGCCGAUGGAAGCGUGGUUAAUAUUUUGGAAGAUGUUAUUGAAGAAGAUACCAGUUUUCAUCAAGAUAUUGAAGAUACUCUUAGCUGUUUCAAAGAAUUACUAUGCCAACGAAUCAAAACAAAAGAAGAAUGGCUGCAAAUAAAAAAAGACUUCUUAACGCCCAUCGAAGAGAAAUUAGAACAAAUUGAUCAAUUUACGAGUAAAGAUGAAAAUUAUAAUACGUAAAAUUCAAUCGAUUUCAUCCUCCUGAUUUUAUUUUUGUUUUUGUAUGUAAUGUAAUGUGAUCUAUUGUUAGAUAUUUUUAUGUAUAUAUGACUGAGUUUAAAUAUUAAAUAGGUAAUUAUUUUUUGA